AUGGAAUGCAGAAAAUAUAAUUAAAAGUAAAUUAUUGAAUAAUUAUUAAGCAAAUUUAAAAAGAAGAAGAAUUACCAACAUUUAUUAAAUAUUUUAAUUUAUCAUGUGAGUAUUCUAAUAGUUGUUAUAAAUCAAAUGUAGAAUUUAGUAGAUUAGGAGGAUAUAAUUAAUUUUAUAACUAAUUAUAAUAAGCAAACUAAAUUUAAUAAUAAUAACAAUAGAAAGUUUAGACUCCCUUUGAAGUUUGAAAAAAUUCAAUUAGUUCUUUGCCUGAAUUAAAAGGCUGAAUAUAAAUUAUAGAAUCUAAUUUAUUUCUGA